AUGGCUUCCCCGAAGCAAGCAUAUGUCGUUGUCGCCGAUCAGGAGCACGAGCUGGAACACAGAUCUACUCACGAGACACAAUCACCCCGGCUUGCUCAUUUCAAAUCGAUCUUUCCACAACAUCGUGACCAUUGGGAACCCUUCUCACUGCGGCCAACAGGCUUACUUCUAUUCGUGACAGCCCUCCUAUGUAUUUUGGCAGCGCUAGUGACAAUCUGGUCCUAUGCCAGAGGACAUCACGGGCUGAAUCUCGUCACGACGAACCACUAUACCUGGACAUAUGGUCCCACUGCCAUCUUCAUCCUUGCUAUCAGCUAUUGGCGGCUUGUGGAUUACCAUUCUAAAGCCUUGAUACCUUGGGCUGAACUUGCAAGCGGUCCAACAAAUGCAGAUCGUAGUGUCCUGCUCGACUAUGUUUCUCCACUACUGGUGGCGUCACUGUUCUCAGCAACAAGGAAGGGACAUCUCGCAGUCUGCAUGACCAUAAUCGGCUUCUUGCUCUUGAAAGUAGUCACUAUCGCGUCAACUGGUCUCUUUUUCCCUGCGAUUGUCACUGUCGGCCCGAUCGAGCAAUAUGUGUUGCAGACCUCCCAAUUCGACCUAGUCACGAAUUUCUCAGACUACUCAGAUCCGGGAGCAUCUCCAUUCUAUCAGGCGUAUGCCGUGAUGCAAUUGGGCUUGCCAUUGCCAUUAGGGUUGACAAGAGAGUUGUUGUACGAAACUCACAAGCCAGAGAAGGACAAAGUCAAUGCAAAUGCGACAUACUUAGUGCCAGGCCGUGCCUUUUCCCCUCAGGUGAAUUGUCAAGCGGUCAGUGUCAACCCCUUAAUAGAUUGGGAUAGUUUCGGCAGCACGGUCGAACAGGAGGCAGAGCUUCAGGUGCAAAAUACUUCCAGAUGGAUGUGCCCUCCAAGGACAGGUUCAGCUUCCGAUGAACUGAACCUGCACUUUACUGAUGUGGCCAGUCGCCUGGCUCCAGCGAGACAGAUUGUGAGCUCUUUUGGUGCGCUAGGGUGCACGAGUGACGACAUGAGCAACGAUAGUGGCACUGCACCAUAUCUUGUUGCGUUAUCCGAUAUACGGUACAAACAAACCUUUAAUGUCUCGACCACGGGGAUAGCUGUUGGAGAUAUGAUAGAUCCUGUAUCGUGGGAGUUCGCUAUACCCAAGAUAACGGGCAUGCUAUGCACCAUUGAUUACGAGAUGUUGGACGUCAGUAUCCUCUACAAUAUGUCACUAGUUGGUAACCCGGUGCAAAGUGUCGAUGUGCUGCGCCCGUCAGUCCCCCCGAAGUUAGCCAACCUGCCAAAUACUUAUUUCUCACGGAAACUAGCAUAUGCCGCACCAACUUCUUCGGGUGGUGCCAGGGACAUGUUCGGCCUUUUCACACAGUUCGAAGAUGUUGAACAACCGCCACAUACCGUCCUGACCAUGAUCGCGAAUCGACUGGGCGUGGAUUUUGAAUAUCUGCUGGAUCAUCCUCAUGAGUUUGAGGUUGCAGCACAAUACGUAAUGAAUAGCAUGCUUCUGCAAAUUGCCAAGGAGGCCAUUCUCAUCAGCGACUCGAACUCUACGUUCCAACCACAGCAAGUUCUGGGUCAGGAGCGCCAUAGUGAAGAAAGGCUUAUUGUUCAGACUAUACCGUUACUCAUCAACGUAGCAGGCAUCACCAUCCUGAUACUAAUCACAGGCGCCAUCCUCGUGGUACGUCCCAGGUCUUCGACAUCUGACAACCCCGAGACUCUCACCUCCAAAGUUGAUGUAGUUAAGGCUAGCGGCAAACUGAAUGAGAUGCUUGAACAGCUGGCAGACGUGUCAGAAACGUCCUCCAGACCUUUGUUACGACGUACUUUGUACCAGAGUGACGUUGCAAAUACCAGUAUCAUUGUCUAUUCCUCACCGAACAACCUCAAUUCCAAUGGACUCAAUCACGUUAGGCCUACUCGCACGAGUAGCGGCUACACAUCACUAACACUCUCAAAGGCCUAUAUCGUAGUGACUUUGCUGUCAGCCACUGUUGCAAUUGCUGCGCUGGAGAUCUUGCAGCAUUAUUCAGACACAGGCGUUCCCGGGCUCGCCGGGAUACAUACUAAUGAUUCUUUCGUCAUUUCUGUCUACUCCAGGUUCUUACCAGCCUUGAUUGCUCUUUUGAUAGCGACGAUGUUCAAUUGCCUUGAUUUCAAUACAGCAAUGCUGGCACCCUACAACCACCUUGCUUCGAACGCAGGGUCGUAUGAGGAAUUCAAAACGCCAAUCUUAGCUCAUAUCGCGCCACUGGCAAUUAUGACUGCUUUGCGACGACGAUACUGGGCAGCGUCUUUGACAGGAAUAGGUGCGCUCGUCGGCAGUGUUCUGACCAUCGUUGUCUCCGGUCUUUACACGGUAGAGCUUAUUCCAACCACGUCUGAAGUAUCAAUCACCCAGCUUGGUUCGUGGAACUUGUCCUAUGUCCAAGGCUUCCAAACCGACAACGCCGCCACGGCUGUAUCGAGUCUGAUUGAGAGCGUCACCCUAGCAUACCCACAAUUCACGCACGACGGUCUCGCUUUUCCAACAUUGAGUGAUAUCACAGGAUCGGAUGGGAUUGUUACUGUUGACGUCCCCGCGCUAAGGGCUGAACUGGUUUGCGAAGAAUUGCCCUGGGAAACGUCUAAUGCCUCGAUCGUUUGGCAGUACUACAAAUCCACUGGUUACACAGCGAUUAACUUCAACGUUACGGUCCCACUGCCAGAUUCUUGCCAUUAUGGCUCAUGCUUUGGCAAUGAAUCGACCAUUCAACCCUACCUUACUGCCACAACACCGGCGGAGACCACGAAUACGAGCUAUUAUGCUCAAGCCAUCGAUCUUCACACAGGACCAUGGCGUGCCAACGAAGAGGAUUGCUAUAUCUUCUUUGAACCUAGUGGCAAUGUGAAUGCUGAUCAACCAAUCAACCAGCCAGGAUGUCCCAGCAUGUUACUUGCUUAUGGGUAUUUCGAUGGCAACGACCAUUCAAAAUCAACGUGGACAAGCAUGUUAUGCGAGCAGAGAGUGCAACAGGUGGAUACUUCACUUACGUUAACACUGCCAGAUAAGGAAAUCCCAUUGAGUUCACCGCCACUUCCCAUCGAGUCGACAGCUAUCUACCUCGAAAAUGGAGAUAAUGGCGAACAGACUUUCGGCUGGUGGCUGUCUCCAAGCAUGGAGUAUUCCUAUGUUGUCUUCAACGAGUCAGCGAUAGAUCCAAUACUUCUUGAGGGAGAGACUUCAGUCUCGAACGACAGUCCCGAUUUCUCCAAUUUCUUCCGUGGCGCCUUCUUCGGCAGAACGCCACUGGCGCUCGAAACACUGCAGAGGAAUGACACGGCUUCCAAAGCUCUGAUUUUUGACCACGUUCAGAUGUUUUACAGGCGAUACAUGGCACAAUACAUUUCAGCUAAUAUGCGUGUCCUGGGAGACACUACUGACGCGCAAUCACGAAGGCGCGACGAUCGUAUCGUCAAUUCAUCCUCGAUCACAGGUUCUUUCACACCAAAUAUAGGUGUUCCACGGCUUGUGCAGCAUCGCACACCCAAAACGGUCAUACAAGUCAUGCUAGCUUUUAUGCUUGUAAGCGCGAUCUUGGCCCUACGGCUGGGCAGAUUUCAUGGUCUGGUGUUGUGGAACCCAUGCACGAUUGCCGGCGUGAUGGUUCUUUUUGCUGGGAGCAAAAUGUGUCAACAUGGUGAAGCUAUUGCCAGCAUGGAAUCCAAAAUGGCGCCCGAGCGAUCAGACAAGGUCUAUCGCGAUAUAGAUGAUCAAGGCAUUGACGUCUCACCACGCGAAAUACACGAAACGCUGGUUGUCCCAGAUCGAUAUUCGACAAGGCUUGGAGACGCUACUGGGCCGCCAACAACGUCCAUCGAAAAAGCUGAAGCAUGUUUACAGGAUCGUCUAGUCCCAGCUAUGAGUUCAGGCCAUAACUGGAAGGACAAGAGUGCUAGGUUUCGUCUUGGCUGGUGGCGAGAUGGUGUCAUCAUAGGUUCGAAAAGGAACGCUGACGCCGAAAGUGAGGUCGGAAAAUGGAGGUACGGAAUUGAUAUAGUUUCGCAUACUGACGAACACGACAAAAGGUAA